CGGGGACGUUCCCGAGACCAAUUACCUGUUCAUGGGGGACUUCGUGGACCGCGGCUUCUACAGCGUCGAGACCUUCCUACUGCUCCUGGCGCUCAAGGUGAGGUACCCGGACCGGAUCACGCUGAUCCGGGGGAACCACGAGAGCCGUCAGAUCACGCAGGUGUACGGCUUCUACGACGAGUGCCUGCGCAAGUACGGCUCGGUCACCGUGUGGCGCUACUGCACCGAGAUCUUCGACUACCUCAGCCUGUCUGCCAUCAUCGACGGAAAGAUCUUCUGCGUGCACGGGGGGCUCUCGCCGUCCAUCCAGACCCUCGACCAGAUCCGAACCAUCGACCGCAAGCAGGAGGUGCCGCACGACGGGCCCAUGUGCGACCUGCUCUGGUCCGACCCCGAGGACACGACGGGGUGGGGCGUGUCCCCCCGGGGGGCGGGUUACCUGUUCGGCAGUGACGUGGUGGCGCAGUUCAUGUUCUGAUCUCACCUGUAACACACCUGUAACACACCUGUA